UAAGUACCUUAUCUAUGGUUUUUUUUCAGAGUUCAUCCAUAUCCACCAGUGGUCUUACUUAUGGCCAGUCUGUUCCUUCAAGCAGUUCAGAUUCCAAUAAGAAGGUAGUGGUCGUUGCCAACAGCAACCCUUUUCCACCUGUGCGUCACACCUUCCCUCAGAGUUUGGGAAGUUCUGCUACGAGGAUCAUAGUACAGAGUGGACAAAAACAGCAAACCAGCAGCAGURCUUACAUUCAGGGUUCCCAAGGCAGCCAGUCUUUUGGCCAGGGCUACAGACCUCAAGGUGGCAGUUCCUAUGGCCAGGGUGGACCAGGUUUCUCGGGCGGUAGCAGCAGUUCCUAUGGCCAGGGUUCCCAAGGCAGCCAGUCCUAUGGCCAGGGCUACCAACCUCAAGGUGGAAGUUCUUAUGGACAGGGCUACCAGCCUCAAGGUGGCAGUUCCUAUGGCCAGGGUGGACCAGGUUUCUCGGGCGGCAGCAGCAGCAGUUCCUAUGGCCAGGGUUCCCAAGGCAGCCAGUCCUAUGGCCAGGGCUACCAACCUCAAGGUGGCAGUUCCUCUGGCCAGCAGGGUGGAUCUGUUGCUUAUUUUGGCAGCAGUGGUUGUGGACAAGGUACUUCAUAUGAUAGCAAUCCCUGCCACCAGGGGGGAUCACAGGGUGGUCAGCAGAGUGGAUCAUCAUCCUCCCAAAGUUAUGGUGGCAACCAGGAUGGAUCUUACUCACAAAACUACGGUGGUGGCCAAGGUGGAUCAUCCUCAGACACCUAUUAUGAAAAUCAGGAUUCACAGGAUUUCUCAGAUGAUAAUAAUCCCAAUGCUUGUGAUGAUAAUGACAUUACCUACAAUGCCAAUAACCAGCGUUCUGGCUGUGCAAAGAAGAAAGUUCUUGUUGCCCGAGACACAUCACAUGUUUUAAGCAAAAGAGCCUAUGAUGUACAGAAUGCAUCUUCUCCUUCAAACAGCAGCCACUCUGACAUGCAGGAUGGAUCAUUUAUUGCAACCAGUGGUGGAUCAAGUAAUCAGGGUGGUUGCAUUUGUCCUGAUGGAAGCAGUGGUUAUAGACAGGGAGCCCCAGGUUCUGCAUACAGCACAUAUUCUGGUAACCAGGGUGGCUCAGGUUCUUCCCACAGUUCUUACUCCGGUAACCAGGGAGGGCCUGCCUACUAUCCUGGUGGAUCUUAUGGACAGGGAGGGUCUUCUUCUUAUGAUGGCAGCAGUGAAUCCUAUGGUCAGGGUGGAUCUUCUGCAUACAGUGGUUCUGACACUUAUGGCCAGGAUUCACUUCCCAUGGGAGGCAGUGAAACCGAAGAUAGUGAUUCCUCCUCACCAUCUGGUAGCCGCCAGAGUGAACGGGAUUUUUAUUCCCCAGGAGGCAGCCAGUCAGGUGGACAUGGGUCAUCCUCUCAAAGUGGUAGCUACUCCGGUGGACAGGACUCAUCCUCAUCUGGAGGCAGCCAGUWUGGUGGGCAGGGUUCACCUUCUUCAGGAGUCAGCCAGUCUGGUGGACAGGGUGGAUGUGAUUGUUCUGGGGCAAGUUCUGGUGGAUCUCCCACUUUAGUCAGAAGUGAUUCCUCUGCAAAUGACUCAUCUUCUUCUGGAGGCAGCCAGUACAAUAGCCAAGAUUCCUAUUCCUCUGGAGCUAGCCAGUAUGGAGGACAUGGGUCAUCUUAUGGAGGCAGUCAGUAUGGUGGACAAGGUUCACCUUCAUCAGGAGGCAGCCAAUAUGGUGGACAGGGUUCACCUUCUUCUGGAGGCAGCCAGUAUGGAGGACAGGGUCCAUCUUUCCCAGGUGGCAGUCAUUAUGGAGGACAGGGUAUGCCUUCUUCAGGAAGCAGCCAGUACAGUGGACAGGGCUUUUCUUCAGGAGUCAGACARUCUGGUGGACAGGUAUGCUUUUCUUUCUCUGUACUGUUCAGUUUUGCUAGUGUCAUAUAUUCACAAAUUGCUUUGUGCAACUUUUCCUCACAAGAAUUGUUUCCCUUCACACAUGUCAUCCAGAUUGAAUGUAGAAAGUGAGAUACUGAAUAGUGAACCCCUGGUCACCACUUAGUUUUGUUAGAAUAGAAAUUACCUAAUAGACUUCCACUGGAAGUCAUCUUUAGUGUCUUCUGUAACAUCUGUAGCAUGAAAGAGCACUGUGUGUAUUUACAGAAUCAUAGAGUGUGCUGAGUUGGAAGAGAUCCAUCAGGAUCAUAGAGUCCAACUUCUGGCUCUAUGCAGAACACCCCAAGAAUGACACCAYGUGCCUGAGAGCAUGGUCCAAAUGCUUCUUGAAUUCUGAUAGGCUUGGUGCUGUGACCACUYACCUGAGAAAAUUCUAUGUGCUCUGGUCUCCUCAAGGGAAAAAAAAUAAAAUCUGUACUUCUAUUCAGAAUUUUUUACUCAUCUGUUUGAUGAGUAGGUUUUUACUGUAAAUUUUAAAUGAGAAAUUAGAAGAUUCUAUUUUAAAAAUUGUUCAGUAAGUGCACAGCUAGCUUAAAAAGGAAGUGGAGAGAGAAAUGAGAGCUUGAUGAGUCUAUGAGCAGUGGUUCAUAGUCCAUUUUCCUGCAGUAGCAGAACAUGAGUUUGAUUUACUAAUUCAGAGGCCUAUUCCAAUCAUAGACCCAGGAAAGUAAGUUUGGUUGUGUUUUGUACAGGGUGGGUGUGUGUGCCCCGGUGGAGGUCCAGGCUCUUUCUCAGGAACCAACUACCAUGGUGGACAG